AUGGUGAAGGAGAGUCCCGCCAGGCGGGUGAACAUCCAGGGCCAGCGUCUGCUGAUCCCGGGUAGCGUGUUCCAUGACCAGACACCAGGCGUCGGGUUCUAUGCCACUGUGCAGAGGCCAUGUGCAGGCAGCAAGAAGGGCAACAUGUGGGUCAAGCUAGACGACGACCCCGCAAAAUACUGGUUCAAGAAUGCGGAUGUGAUCGAUUGGAUGGUAGACAGGGAAGCUGCAGAGGUGCUUCGACCAAAGUACGGCCAAAGGAAGGGCCGGUCCACAGCCUCCGGGCUGACCUCCUCAGACAGGCCAACACCCUCCAGUGCCCAGCACCUCACCACCCCUGAGAGCGCCAGCCCAAUAUCCUUUGCCAAGGACACCCCGUACCCCUCGGAUUUCACAGGCGCCACAACAUCCACCUCAGGCGGCGAGGCCAUCACUGAGCCCGGAGAGCAGGCUGCCAGAAUGCCGCUGAGCACGCGUCUUGCCCAGUUUGGGGGCCAGGCCAUCGGCCUGGCGUGGCAGACGGCCAGGACCUUGAGCCUUAGCCCAUGGAGGGCGGCUGGCAGCAAAGACUUGGACGAGAACGAGAACAUCGACGAAGCUGCCAACCAGUACGAGGUGGACGAUGGGUACAAGGCGGGAAAGGUGGUGGAGGCAAUGCAGAGCGCGGUGGUGCACAAGGUGCACACCAGCAGCAUCGUGACCAUGCAGGAGACGCACAGGACUUCGGUGACGAAGGCGCAGUCGACAUACCAGGAAGAGAUCCAGGAGGUUCAGGACGGGGUUGAGGAAGAGGAGGCAGCAGAGGAAGAAGAGUUCGAUGCACUCGCCAGGAAGUCCCCCAGUGUGUGGUCUUGGACGGGAUGGAUGCCAUCUGGCAGCAAGUGGACAGGGCUGAGCUUUGGGAGGCGGACAGCCAGCCCCAUUACAGCUGUGCAGGAAGAGGCGGAUGAAGAGGAGCAAGAGGAAGGAGACGAUGAGGCAGCAGAGGAGGCGGCGGAGGAGAAGGAGUUCGAUGCCCUGGCAAAGAAAUCUCCCAGCGUGUGGUCCUGGAAGGGUUGGAUGUCAUCAGGCAAGAAAUGGACGGGAUUUUCUUUGGGUAGGCGGGCUGCCGAUCCCAUUGAAGCGGUGGAAGAAGAGGCAGAAGAGGGGAACGAGGCAGCGGAAGAUGAGGUGGUGCCCGCAGAGGAGGCAGCAGAGGACGAGGGAGAGCUCGAUGCUUCAGAUAGGAAGACGCCCAGCAAGUGGUCAUGGAUGGGUUGGAUGUCGUCAGGCAAGAAGUGGACUGGUCUGUCAAUGGGCAGCCGGGCUGCAGCUCCCAUUGCAUCUGUGGAAGAAGAGGGUGAAGAGGAGCGCAAGGAAGGGGAGGCACCUGCCCAGGAGGUGGAGCGGGAGGCGACACCCCCAUCGCAGCGCUACCGUCGCCACAGGAAAUCAGAGACACCUGCAGCAACGCACUUUGCAAGCCCCAUUAGUGUGUCUUCUGGAGAGGCAGGUGGCCUCUGGCUCACGAGCCGAAGGACGUCUGUGCUGCACUACCAUCGCCUGCUGAACACCCCCAAGCUGAAGUACCUGAGUGACCCAUCUGAAGAGGAGCUACAGAUGCCAGUUGUGCCCAUGGUCCGGUCAGCCCCGAUGGAUGGUCAUGGUUGGCACCACUUUGUGACAGAGGCUUCAUGGGUGAUCAUCUUCAACAUUGCAGCAGGUGGUUUCGUUGUCUUUGUCUGGGCACUUCUUGCUUACUAUGGAUUCCUAGACCAUCUGCUGAACAGGGUUGAAGCUUGA